GGCGCACAUGCGCAGUGGCGCGCGGUGACUCCGCCCAGCAUACGCCGCGGUGUGUGCGUCUCACGACGGAGCGGUGAGGACGCAGAACGUGGCGGCGGUUUGAAAUCCUGGCGCGUUGGGUGUCGCGCGGCGCUCCGCUGCGAUGUCGCUGGUGAGGCCCUUCGACAAACUUCCGACGCUCAAUUCAGCCGCCCUCUUGUUGGUGGGCACUGAUGAAAAGCAGCAGCAACAGCUAGCAGAGGCAAUUCUUAAGGAGAAAAAAACCUUCAAGAUAAACAUCCAUGUGGCAACUUCCCUUCCUUUACCUGCUGAGAGAGACCAUAUACGGCCCCGGAUUGACCUGAUUGCCUUUCUGAUUAACAUACAAAGCAAAUACAGUCUUAGGAAUGUUGAAGCUUCACUACCACAUGUGGAUGCCAACUUCUUCCUUGGGAAAGUGUGCUUCCUGAUCACAGGUGUCGGUAGAAUGAAUCACUGCAGCGUAGAGAUGAAUGCUGUCCGGAAACUGGGAAACCUCUACUGCAGCCCUGUCAUAUUCUGUGAGCUGGAUUCUGAAGGCAUCCGAGUUGCCACAGCUCAGCGGCUGGUCCGAAUGUUGCAGAUCUGCGCUGGUCAUGUGCCGGGGAUUUCUGCCCUUUUCUUCAGUUCUUUGAUGAAAAACUCCAUUGAUGAGUAACCUUGAUGUAAAUCCAUUGCCUUUUUUUCUGUCCAUACCCUUUGAUGCUGUUUCAAGUUGCGGAAAUGGACUGAAAUGGGAGUGUUGUUUGGAAGCUUUUUUUAUCGAUUGGGAAUGAGACCAGCUCGCCCCAUACUGCUAUUUGCUUUUGUUACCUUUUUAGGAAAGGCUUAGUUCAUGUUUGGUGAUUGGUGGCUGAAGCUCUACUAGUGAUCACCUUUCACACCUAGGUUCCAAUUUGAAUCAAGCCAGCUUGUUAGUGACCAACAGCUGUGUAGCCUUCUGAGAGCUGUAUGGGAAUGAAGGCAAAGCCAGGGUCCUCAGGUCAGUGUGUAUCAUGACAGGUAGCUGUACUUCAGAGGCACAAGCAUCAUGGACAGAAGUAUCAGAAAUCUGCAAAGCUGCUGCCUAGUACCAAUGAAUUAUUUCACCAGAGAGAAAAGAGCAAGAGUUUUACAAUAUUCAUAUUGAAAUAGGGCACCUCUCUCUCUCUCUCUCUCUCUCUCUCUCUCACUCACAAAAACCACUUAUUCAGAAACUUCCUCCAUUCAAGGAGCUAAGUUUAGCAGUCAUCAUAUCCAUGCAUCCAUCCAUCCAAUAAUAGCAGCUGGCAGUAAUAAACUAACAGUUGGCAAGUAUUCAAGGAAAGACUGGCCUGGCCUUUCUAAUCCCCAAAUAUCUAAUGAGAAAUGGAGGAGGGUUUCAAGGAUAGAGCCCAGGAAUUUGGUGUUUUUCCUUUUUGAAAUAAUGAUCCUCUUUUGUUAUACCUCCCCAGUGAACUGUGCCUGCUGAGCGCACACACCCCCUCCCGACUUGACUCAAGGGUCUGACAGUUGCAUUCAGUGCUGUGCCACUGCAAGUCAAAAAGUUUCCAUGGGACAGAAAGAAUAGCAGAGCAUCUGAAGAGGUGGGGGAGUGUCAGUAGUACAGGUGUGUCUCGGGGCAAAUAUUUGGUCAGUGGGUGAUGGAAGUGUGAUUGUUUCACAGAACAGUGCAGAAGUCACUCUUCAAUGAGUUUUGCUAUUAAUAUUAGCUCUAAAAGUGAAGAUCUACAAAAUAGUUCCUCUCUAACAAAGUUUGAUUUCAAAGGGCCUAACUUUUACAAUUGCUGAGUACUUCUAAAAAUGAGGUCCUUAAUCUGCAUUGCUGAAGCUUCCUUAGAGCUUUGGCCAUCUCUGCCCUCUUUCUGCAUGGGCGGAAAGGUGUAAUGUGGCUAAAAACAUGCUGCAUAACCUGUAGUUUUCUUACAGGUUGGACAUGCCUAUAAACUUGCAUUGUGCAUAAAAACCCCCAAAUCAGAUUAUAAUUUAAGACACAUAUAUAAAUAAAUGUAUUGGGAAUAAACUAUGAAUCUGAUAUUGUGUGCUGGAAUAUUAAGUUAAUAAAAUGUGUAAUAUUGGAAAA